GGAGCCAGAGCUGCCUGGUCGAAGAGGGGUUGUGGGGAUUCGCACCGCCGAGAACCAGGGAAACAUAAACACAGGAAAUGCGAGCGGCCCCUUAGUGCUCAGCCGUCAAAGCCUGUGAUUGUUCGCCCGGGCUCCAAAAGGUGAUUGACGCUCAGAAAAGGGAUUGUUAGCAUCUACUGGACACAAGGGGCACUGUCCUCUGAUUGGCUCGGACAACCCCCUCUGACAUGCCCGUGGCCAAUCAGAGCUGUAGCAGAGUUCAGUGUUCACGGAUCUGUUCUGACGCUCUAUGAUCUUUACCUCACCCUGUCUCCAUCCCCCGCCUGCACCUGCACUUGCACUUUGCCCUGCGUCAUGCCUUCAGGUGUGUUAUGUCGGGGGCAGAUGUGGAGGUGUACCUGUCCCAGGUGCACGAUGGGAGUGUGUCGUCGGGCUUCCGGGCGCUGUAUGAGGAGCGUCUGCUGCUGGAUGUCACACUGUUGAUAGAGGAGCACCACUUCCAGGCCCACAAGGCGCUUCUGGCCACCCAGAGCGACUACUUCCGGGUCAUGUUCACAGCAGACAUGAGGGAGAGGGACCAGGACAAGAUCCACAUGAAGGGGCUGACAGCCGCUGGGUUCGGCCACAUUCUCCGAUUCAUGUACUACGGCUCUCUGGAGCUCAGCAUGCCCACUGUCCAAGAGAUCCUUCAGGCGGCCAUGUACGUCCAGCUGACGGAGGCGGUGGAGUUCUGCUGCUCCUUCUUGCUCGCCAAGAUCUGUCUGGAGAACUGUGCCGAGGUCAUGCGCCUCCUGGAGGACUUCAGUGUGGGUGUGGAGGGUGUCCAGGAGCAGCUCGACAACUUCCUGCUUGACAACUUUGUCCCCCUUAUGAGCCGACCCGACUUCCUGUCCUACCUCAGCCUCGAGAGACUGCAGGCGUACCUGAACAGUGAUGCUCUGAGUCGCUUCCCAGAAAUUGAGCUGUAUGAAGCUGUCCAAUCGUGGCUCCGACAUGACCGGCGGCGCUGGAGGCACACUGACACCAUUGUGCAGUCCAUCCGCUUCUGCCUCAUGACUCCUGCCAACAUCUUUGAGAAGGUGAAGACCUCAGAGUUUUACCGUUACUCCAGACAGCUGAGGCAGGAGGUAGAUCAGGCGCUCAGCUACUUCCAUGAUGUCAACCAGCAGCCUCUGGUGGAGACGCGCUCCAACCGUAUCCGCUCUGUGCGCCCGCAGACGGCUGUUUUCAGGGGAAUGAUCGGUCACAGUAUGGUCAACAGCAAGAUCCUGCUGCUGCAGCGCCCAAAGGUGUGGUGGGAGCUGGAGGGACCUCAGGUGCCACUGCGACCAGACUGCCUGGCAAUUGUUAACAACUUUGCCUUCCUGUUGGGUGGAGAGGAGCUGGGGCCCGACGGGGAGUUUCACGCCUCCUCCAAAGUCUACCGCUAUGACCCCCGACAGAACUCCUGGCUACGCAUGGCUGACAUGUCUGUGCCCAGGUCGGAGUUUGCUGUUGGCGUCAUUGGCAAGUUUAUUUAUGCUGUAGCGGGCCGCACGCGAGAUGAGACUUUCUAUUCCACGGAGCGCUAUGACAUUACAGAGGACCGCUGGGAGUUUGUGGACCCGUACCCUGUAAACAAGUAUGGUCACGAGGGGACUGUCCUCAAUGGUAAACUGUACAUCACCGGUGGUAUCACUUCCUCCUCCACCUCCAAACAGGUGUGUGUGUUUGACCCAGGGCGGGAGGCGGGAGGAGGGGGAGGAGGAGGCAGCUCAGGUGGGUCAGACGCACACAGGACACGCGCCAGCCGAGGCCCACUGCUGCCUGGCACCCAUGCCAGCUGCUGGGAGAACAAAUCCAAAAUGAACUAUGCCCGUUGCUUCCACAAGAUGAUCUCUCACAACGGGAAGCUGUACGUGUUCGGAGGAGUGUGCGUGAUCCUGCGAGCUUCCUUUGAGUCGCAGGGCUGCCCAUCCACCGAGGUGUAUGACCCUGACACUGACGAGUGGACCAUCCUUGCCUCCAUGCCCAUUGGGCGCAGCGGCCAUGGGGUGGCAGUGUUGGACAGGCAGAUCAUGGUGCUGGGCGGCCUGUGUUACAACGGCCACUACAGUGACUCCAUCCUCACCUUCGACCCUGAUGAAAACAAAUGGAAGGAGGACGAGUAUCCCAGGAUGCCUUGCAAACUGGACGGUCUGCAGGUGUGCAGUCUGCACUUCCCAGAGUAUGUGCUAGAGCACGUCAGACGCUGCAGCUGAGGUCUGCUCCACAACAAGCCUCCUUUUUAUAGAAAUGGAAAUGCACUGUUCAAGGCCUGAAGUCUCCCACUGGGAGAGCAGGUGUUUACAGGUGGGAGACUCGACUGAUGCACAGGCUUUUCAACUAGAGACCAGCACUUACCUUAAGGUGAGGAAAAGAUGGCGCGGGCCAUACAUUUGCUGUUCUUACUGAAGCCAAUCGAAGCGUGGCGUGGUGAGACGCCACAUGUUAAAAGUCAGCUUGAACAUUUUCAGAAUUAGCUUUCUCAGAAAAUCAAGGAAAAUCAUUUGUGGGGAGAAAAAAAGGUUUUGUUUUGCUGGUUUAUGUUUCAGACUGUGGUCAGUUUCCUAUUCUACUACUCACUUACUGUAUUUAGGCUGUCCAGUCAGGCUUAUUGCAGAAACGCACUGGAAGCGUCAGAUUCAUGCAUUUACAAAGGGACCUGUAUUUAUUUUACUUCACCAGUCUUCUCAGUCUAGUCAGAAUUAGGUUUCUCUGCCUGCACCCUGAGAUUUCAUCGCGUUCAUUAAUCUAUUUAAAGGCAAACAAACAUUGUGUAUAAUGUUAAUCAAGGUGCUUUUAUUAAGAAAUAGAUUAGUGAAAGCCAAAACUAUUUCAAACAAUCAGAAAAUGCCCUAUAAGAUAUAUAACUGCAAGUUAAAUCAUACAAUCAGGUAUAUAAAGACAAUAUUAACACUAUAUAUACUGUAGUGUAGCUAAUCUUAUAGCCAAAUAUACAAAGCAGACUCUAGACAAAGGCCAUUAAACAGAUACCAUGUUGUUGCAGAUGCUACUAAUGCUUCAAUCUGCUACCAGCUGCAAACUGUCAGAUUACUCAUUCAUAUACUCGCUUCCAGUGCGUUCCAGCUUUUAGUCCUAAUUCUGCUUUUUACUCCCAGAUAUCCACCAUACUGUGCUCAUGUUCAUAUAACAUCACUGUGUCUUUCUGUGUCCCUUCUUCUUCCUCUGAUGUGUGUGUGAGAGAGAGAGCUGAAUGAUGGAGAGUAAAAAACAUAACACUACAUGGCACACGAGGGUUCAUUGUUCAUUCAGUGAGGAUGUCAUGAUGGUGACUCCUACACAGCAGGGUUUUUUUUUUUUUGCAUAGGAAGUAAAGAUCUUUCUGUCAGAGCAGCUCUGUAUCCGUCUCGUCACUGGCAGUGCUUUACUUACUCUCAUCUACAUUCCCUGCACUUUGUUUUGGGCUCUUGUUGUGGCUCUUGGGUGUAAAUGCACUGUUCUACCCUUUCAAACCAGCUGUAGUAUUACAGCAUGAUGUUAUCUUACAGACAUUUAGCAGUGUCUGAAAUUAACCUCUGGCUGAGAAGUUAAGAUGAACAAAAAAUGCACCCACCAUGAAUUAUACAGCUAGUUAAAAUAUUUAAGAAACAUUGGGCCUCAUCGUGGAGGAACAUUUUCAUAUUCUUAUCCUAAACUAGGAAGAUUUCAUUCACAGAAAUGUUGCCAAAGAGUAGAGAGAAAACUUUCACACUGCGUAGCUUCAAGUCCUGCUCUUGGAAAUGAGCAAACAAAUGUAAUUGUGUCAGUGUAGUGUUAUUAAAGGAUUAGUUCAUGUCCCAGAUGAUAAUUCGUAUGUUACUUUGAAUUCAUGAAGAAAACUUUGCAUGCCACCAUGGUAAACAAGGGAGAAAAUUCCUGAUAAUAGAAGUAAAUGGGAACUGUCUUUAACAACAGCAAAACUAUAUCAAGACAUCAACACUCACACAACUUGUGCAAUAGUAUCUAACUCAUUUAUCUACUUGUAUGCUCAGUACUUCCCAAAAAUACAGUUUUUUUCUAAAACUUCACUAUUUAUAACACUUUCCAUAAAAGGUCUUAUACAUGGACCAGUAGCGUGCCUCCGCUGUUAAUGCAGAAGUGUUUUAAAUACUUAGGUUUUAGUAAAAAUGCAUGUUUUUGGGAAGUACUAUACAUGUGGAUCAAUAAGACUUGGAUUAUACUGCAUGAGUUUGUAAAUGGAUGUCUGAAUAUAGUUUUGCUGUUGUUAAACAUGAUCCCCGGUUACUUCAGUUCAUGAUAAAUGUUUGCCUUUUUUCCCCAUCUCCGUUCACCAUGGAGGCAUGUGAGGAAGGUUUAUUUUAUGAAUUCAAGACAACACAGGGUCAGUAAGUGAUAUACAAAUGGUCAUUUGGAUGAGUGAUGUGUUCCUUUAAAGGACCUGGAACAAUUAGGAAGUAUGUACUGUGACAGAAAUAAAAAGUGAAUAAUUGAACUUGAGGCUAGAUGCUAAAUGAUGUCUUUCUACAGCAAAGUGGUAUAUGACUAAUAUAAAAGGUGGUCACGAGGCCCAUUGUUAAUUUACUUAAGGUUCAGGGUAUUUCAAUUUAUGCUCUUUUACAACCAGUUGAGCUCAGUAUAACAAAGACUUAGCAGCUGUGAAUGGGGUCAUCCUUAUGUUCCCAGGUUCCCUGUUGUUGAGGUACUGGUAAGGGCUAACUUUGCAGUUCAAAUUGCAAAGAAAGGAAUGAAGAUGGACAUUUCAAAUGCACUUUGGUAAAAAUCUGUUCAGCCACUGUGGAGAUGUCAAUGUCUAAAAUCUCAAACUGUUUUGCCUGCAAAUUUGAAGGUGUGGGUUUUAAAGAGUGCAGACUCAACAUAUUGACCCAUGGAAACCAACCCAACGCAACCCAAAUAAAUGUUGGCAUUGUAUGUUGCUGCAAACUAUGGAUGCGUUACAUUUGUACUUUAUUAUGUAGCACCUACAUUGAAACAUAAUUUUUCGACAACUCUGGUUAACACCUGGUUAGGUUUUGGCCAAAUAUCUGGUAUUGGUGGCAUAAUGCUGGCAAGAUAGCAUAGUUGAAAGAAACAAUUUACUUUUGAAGCACUAUCCCCACUGGAAACACAGCAAUGGGUCCCUGAAAAACCCAUGUUUGGGGGCUGAAAAGCCGCUGGAAACGCAGCAAUGACUCAAUAAAAACAACAGGUUUUGAUGUUUGUUGAUCUCAAACAGUGGUCUGCAGAUUGACAGGUGUCUGGCUUCUGUAUUAUGCUAUCCACCAUCCUCCCAACCUUUAGAAACGUUGAUAUGACGCGUAUGAAUUGUUAAAAUGUUAUGCAGUGGUGGUUUGCAGGAACAUACAAUGCCAACAUUUUCCUCUGGGGACUGCGUACAUUGAAACAUUUGACCAAGGGAAAAACAUUAAUGAGAACAGAAAAAGGUCUCCUUAAAGUGUCAUAUUAAGAUAUUAAGCUGGGCGGGAACUGCCCAUUGGUCCGACAGCCCAUUGGUUCGACAUCCCAGCCGUUCAGCACCGCGGACAGUCGGACUGAUGGGAUGUCGAAUCAAUGGGCUGUCGAACCAAUGACAUGGACCCAGCUGGGCAACAUAGGACCUUGGGAGCAUUGAUUUCCAUUCCUGUAAAUGGUUCAAAAAAAUUACCAGCCAGUGUUUCAGAUAUUUUUUACCAGUAUGUCCACGAAAGCUGAAAUUUUACCAGCAUUUUGCAGUCAUCUGUGUUAAUUUCAGACAUUGGAAUGUCACCUGGAGUGCUUCAGUAAUAUUAGAGGAGUUAUUCAGCAGAUGCAGCAUUUCUGUUGUCGUAUGUACUGUGUAGCUUAUUAAGCAGCCCAGCGCCUUGAUCCUGCAGCCCAGCAAGCCCUGCUCCGUUACCAGCCCGAUGUCUCUGACCCUGUCCUCUCCACAUAUUUAUUUCUCCUUCAUGAGCCAACUGUGAAAAGGGCUAGAGCACAUACUGAUGCAGUUCUGUCUGCCAGUCGUCUAUUUAAGUUAUUUAUUUCUGAAGUAUUGCUUACACCGAGCUAUGCAGUUACAGUUGUAGGGUUAUUUAUUACAAGAAUUUCAUUGUGAAUUGUGUUGGUUUCAAAUUGUACUUUUGUCUCCUUUCCUUGUCUCAUCCUCGGCCGUCUGUUCUGUCCACCUCAGCAGCACUGCAUGUGGCUCAUGAAUGGAUGCUUUGAGAACGCUCUUUCUUCCGAUGUAAAGUGAGAAGAAGGCUUAAUAAGAUCAGAAAGUCUGUAGUGGAUGUUUACUUAACUAAUGAACGGGUACAAUUUAAAGAAGGGUACUGGUGUCAUUUAAAUUUACGGUCUGUUUAUUGCUGUCUUUAGCAACAAACUGUAUGCAAUUUGUCAUUCAUCAUGUCUUAAAAGACAAACUUGUUUGUGAGUGGCAUGUUUUUUAAGGUAUCAUCCUUUAAUUCAUGCUCCUUUGUAUCAUCGAUGUCCCUGCUGUCCACACACAAACCUCUCGAGUCCUGAGCCGCAGCUUUAAUCUUCAACGCUUUGUGGCGCUGGUAGAACUCUUAGAUUGUGUACGUUUCCCAACGUUAACGCCUCCACAGCUGUGAGAAGUUGUGUGUUUCACUGUGGACUUCAUAAUCCAUCUUUGUUUUUCAAAUGGGGAAAUGUUUGACAUCGAAAAAUGUUUUUAAGGAAAUACAGUAAAUACAGGAGGGAUUUUUCUAAUUCUUUAUUUUCAAGAAUUUAGAAAAAUAUCCAACGUAACUUCUCCGACUGCGAUCAGCAGCCCAAAACUCAUUAUUUGCUGUCCUGUAUGACUGAGACCCUUUUUACACGCUAUAGGUCCGCUUUGAAGUCCCUUCUUCACGCUGCCUUUGCAUUUUUACACAAAACCAAAAAAUGGCAGCAUCAUUCCUCUCCAGUGUGUGAUUUUAGACUGUAUUCUGGCAUCGUGGAACCACAAGAGGCAUGACGGGAGUGACAGCAUCGGACUCAAGCGUGACAUAUAACAAACACGUCAGCAGUGCUUUAUAAACAACAACAAUGGCAAUAACAAUCAUUUAUCAUCAUUGUUAUAUGGCAGCUGAUCUCAUCUUCUGCCCGGAGGGUAAGGAGCUCCCAGACCUCAUUAUUUUCCCAAUUUGCGGACAUUUUUGGCUUCCCUUCUUCUUUGAGUUAGCUGCUAACUGCUAUCACCUGGUUUUCAAAUCUCUCACGGUGGGUUGCACACAUAACACAUUGUCAAAACAUCACACCUAUCCUGACUAUGGUUCCAUCCUGUCGGCUGUCCCUUUUGCACAGACACCUCGCUUAAAGGCGAUACAACUCUCAUUCCACUAUCCAACCUUUUAAACAGAACAGUGAGGCAACAUAAUGGCGUGACAUUCCUGCCUUGAACAAGCAUUGUAAAAGGGGCUCAAGAAAAGCAGCAGAUCUUCAGAUUUGAGGAGCUGGAACCAGCAAAUGUUUGGUAUUUUUGUUUGGACAGUGUCUGAAACAAUUAUUAGAUUGUAAAAAUAGUUGCAGAUUAAUUUUCUUUCAGUCAACAUAUUGUUGCAGCUCUAAUUUGUAGCCAUCGCACUAUAGCUGCAUGGCAGUUUACAAUUUUUUGUCAUUUUGAACUAAUGAAAGCCAGGUGCAGAAGCUGAAUGAAAAUAAGGAACACUGUAAAUGGCAAUUUUUGCUCUCAAACUGUAUUUCCCCCAAACUACAAAACUUUUUUUUAAAAAAACUUUUCAAACAUGUUUUAUUCCUUAAAUUGGUUUACAUCCUCUGUUUUUCAGGUUCAGAACAUUUCAUGCCCAAAACCAUUACUCAUUAGGGUCUUUUAUUCCUGUUUUUGUCCUUUUGUUUACCCUGGUCACCUCUUAAUCACAAUUCCCAAACCUUUAGAAAAACCACUGAAGUGUCACAUGUGAUAAACACAGCAAUGAUCACACUGUCAGAGGCAAGUCAGGUUGGGAAACAAGCCUCUUAGACUCCACGUCCCUUUACGUCUCCUACUUGUUGCUGUACUCUGCAGCCAAUAUAAACAUCCUACCUGCCCUUCUGCAGUCCUCUCGCUGCUCCUCCUCCUCCUCCUCCUCCUGCUCCUCCUCCUCCUCCUCCUCUCAUGUUGCUGUUAAAAGAAGAAAUGUGUAACCGAUAAAGUACUACUGUCCUGAUUUAUGGCACAUUCAGUCAUAGCGCGGCAUCCUUUAGUCCACCAGUCUUCAGUCUGUCAGUAGGAAAACAGAAUAGAGGAUUAAAUAAAAAAACAUACCUUGCUGCAACGACUGUAUCUGAAAAAGAAAGUAAAAUCAGAUUAACAUAUCUUAUAAUCUGAGUAGAAACUCUUUGGAAACGAUUUGUAACUUCUUUCCAGAAAUAAAUGUUCAUAUUGGUCAACUUUCAGCUGACUGCUUGAGUGCUUUUAUAUCUGUCUUUGUGUGUUUCUGAUUUUUCUUAUGCUCAUUUGUGACUUAAUUCUGUUCGUCCCAGGACUUUU